AUGCACUUUGAAUGCUUGAAAAUAUUAUUAAAAGUGAUAAGCUGGUCUUAUAUUCCUCAUAUAGUGAUGAACACUUCCAAAACAAGUUGUCAACCUCUAGGGAUAAGUGUUUUGGCUAAACGGGCAGGUGUAGAUUUUCCAAAGUCAGAACCUGAGGUGAAAGAGUUGUACAGCUCACUCAAAACUAAAUUAUUUGGGGAUAUGGAUCGUCAAGAAAAGGAAGUGGAAGACUUUAUAUCAUCAAUACCGAAAUCACAAGUUAUUCAGUGGAUGCGCCAGUUAAAACCUUCUGGACGCUCUCAUGCUUACAUAAAAGAAGUCAUGACGCCUGUUGCAGAGUUUGGUCGAUACCUUUCUACUAAGACUGAACGACUGCAGAAGAAGCUUGCUGCUCUUAUAGAUUAUUUAGAUCAGGAACUUCACGGUCAGUCUGUCAGAGCGGCUCUGGAUGACUUUAAAAAGAGAGCAAUGGACGCAGAUAUCUUAAAAACCAUAUUAAUUCGUCUAAGAAAAUUAGCCAGAGAAUAUUCAUUACCAGAUACUGUUACUGGUGCACUAAAUUCGGUUCGAGAUUUGAUUGUAGACGAGUUAUGCGCGAAAAGGGUAGCCCAAGUUGUAAAGGCAUUGUUGGAUACAAUUACACCAAACGAUGUUACUGAAACGCAGAUAAAGAAGUACUGGAGGGCGUUAGUCGAUUUCAGCCGUCACAACUUAACAUCAGCCAAUUUGGCUGAAAAAUUGUGGAAGAAAUACAUUCCGACAAUUACAACCAAGAAGGAUGGCGAAACAGAAAUACUAGUUAAAGUACCUCAGUCAGUUAAAACCUUAAACGACUUAACUGACAUGUCUGAUAUUGCUGACAUCACACACAUCUUUAGACGAAUAGAAGCAGAGCUAUCAGAAGCUGAUAAGGAUCGUAUAAAAGCACUGAAAGACACUAUCUAUUACUUCCAAUCACUGCCGGGAGAGUUUUUCAAUAGGAAGCCUCCAUUUAAAAGUGUCGCCUAUCUACUUGGACCUAGCGGAUAUAUUUCAUUUGAUGGCCGACCGUUGCCUUUUAGUGCAAAUUGCGAAUACGUAUUAGCAGCAGACUUUGUGCAUAAAACUUUCCUAAUAACUGGUAAAGUAAAUCCGAACUCCAACAGCAGAAACCCCGAUAUGGAACUAAAAAUGGAAUUCCGUAAACAACUUGUUAUUGAUGGAAAACAAGAGGAACAUCUUCCAUACCAGAAAAUUGAUCCAAAUGAUGGUGUAGCACUCAUUACAAUUACCAGAUCUUUCCACACUUACGAAGUUAAAACUUACGAUGGAAUUCACCUUACUUGUAAUGGUAUAAGAAACUUCUGCCGAUUAGUCCUACCUGGUUUUAUGCAUGGCAAAAGCGCAGGUUUACUUGGAUCAAAUGAUAAUGAACCAUCAAAUGACUAUGACUUGAUUUCUGGUGAACCAAAUUCUAAUGUAAAUGUGAUGCAAGAACACUGGGCCAUAAAUGGAUUAUGUAGGAAGAACGUGGUUCAUGCUGAAAGUGAAAAAGACGAGGAAUGUGAUCACUUGUUUAACAAUUCUGAUUCUCCACUGUCAGGUUGUUUCUCGCAAGUUCGUCCUUUACCAUUCGAAAAAUUGUGCUUAGCUAGAAAAAAUCUGCCAACUGUUGCUGCUGUGUAUCGCCAAGCCUGCGAAGUUGCUGGCGUCGAAAUCGAAGUUCCAGCUUCAUACGGAGGUGUCUGUGAAUCACCUCAUAUGGGAAGCAUGCAGCUGGGUGAACAGCGAAAUUUGGUUCGUAAAUCUUCAACCAGUAAUGCUCAAUUCACUUGGAUUGGUUAUGGAGGUGAACAUGCGUUAAAUCCACCACACAUUCACUAUAUGAACGGUUCGCCGAUUUAUUCAACAGGCAAAAUUCAGGAAAUUGCUAAGAAGCCAUUUGAAAAUCCGUCAGGUCUUCUGCCGCCAGAAUACAGCUCUGUCAAAGCUGUGCUGUUUGCUGCGCAGUCUUUUAGUCCAAUUUUUCCGAAAUUCUUCAAACCAACAGAUCUUCCUGAUGGCCUGCAAGAAAUGCAAAGACGAAAUGAAUCACCAAGAGUUCGCAGACCAGAUUUCCUCGAUGGAGCUGACGGACACAAUCUGUACACAGAAACUGGAAGUCCUAUAAAGAACGAUAACCUUUAUCAACCAUUUGACAUUUGCUCUGAUGCUUCGCAUAUGACCGGUGGUGGUGUCUUUACGCUAGUAGGGAAAGUAUAUUACUACGCUAUAAAUAAAUGUUGGCAUGUUUCACCGUCGGUCGUUCUUUCGUGUGCUUGGGACAGUCGAAAGCCCAGUAUCAAUUCUAGACCGCUUGUUAAUAUUAAGAAGAAUAAGUGGCAAACAAGAGCGGAGGGGGCGGAAAAAAAAAACAAAGGUUAUGCCAUAGCAGCUGGCAAAAUAACGUUGCAUCAAUCUAGUAGCGAUAAUUUGGACUGCACAUGCACCAGUGUUGAAGACGCUCCUGAACUGAAAUGUCACCUAAUUUCCUCAACGUAG